AAAAAACAAAGUGAAAAAAAUAAUUGAAGAGUAAACAUCAGAGGCGUAGAUUUUUAUAAAGCAAAAGUAGUAUUUUGUUUCCAUCAACAAAUCAACAAUUAUUACAAAAAAAAUUCAAAGCGAAAUUGUUCAACGACUUUGGCGCGCACUGAAAGUGUUGGAAGAAAAUAAAUAAAGAAACAGCCAAAAUGACGAUUCUCGGCAAAUUAACGGGAGAAAAGAAGGAUCUGGAGAAGGUACCGUUACCUUUGCAUCUCAACGAUGAGGCUAUGAUGCAUCAUGGCUCCCUAAUCAAUCCUAAAGUAGCGUACAGCGAUGCGGAUACAGAAUCCAUGGUGUUCAACCGACCGCAGUAUACGUGUCUGAAGUCGUUUCUGCUGUUCCUGAUAGCUGUGAUCGUGAUGUUGAUGGGAGUGCUGGGCGGGUGGACGCUGUACAGGUUCUAUGCCCCGAAUCAUGCGAAUAUGCGGUAUCAUGCCUUAUGCGACAUACCCUAUGCCGAAGACUCUGUGGAGUUGCCUCGCUUCUAUCCACGCAACGAUGAUGCCUUCGCCAUGACCUGGCGCUCCUUGUUGCCGCUGACAGGAUCAGUCUCAAGAUCGGCUGGUAGUCAAGGCGUCGAUGGACAGUUUAAUGAUCUGGUUAACGAUAACUUCUUCCGCGAGGAAAUCGAGCUGGACAGCAGCGAUGAUGAUGAUGGCUAUGCCAAGAUCGAUGUGCCUGACUUUAAGGAUGGACGCCGAGGUCGCUUCAUGCAUGACUUCAAGGAGAAUCAAUCGGCCAUUAUUGAUACCACAACUAAUCGGUGCUUUAUAAUGCCCUUGGAUCGCGACACUACCCUGCCACCCAGUAGCUUUGUCGAUCUCAUGCAGAAGAUGGGCUCCGGCUACUACAACAUCGAUACGGAGCGAGUGCGUCGCAAUCUGCGUGUCAUCACGCCCCGCAUCACCGAUAUCUCGACCAUAUCGGAGCGCAUUGCCAACGAGUGCUACGACAUGAAGAUCUACAUGAUGGAGAAGUUUGUGUCAGGAAUGUCCAAACGCUCGGCUGAUCCUCUGCCAGAGGCCGGCAAGUAUGCAGCAUUCAUGGGCAAGGGAGUGAUUGAGUACGAUCUGUCCAACAUUGCCGAGGUGGAGGCCUACGAGGCGAACGAAUCAUUGGGCCAGCAGCAGGCUUGAACUCGAGCUGGUCACAACAGCCGCAAACCUUUUAUUAAAUCUAAAACAUGCUAAAAUCCAACAAAGACAAACCAAAUGCAGAAGCAAAAAAAAAAAAAAACAAAAAAAAAAACAGUAUUGAUUUGUGUCUGUAUGUAAUAUGAUGAUCUGGAGGCGUCUCAGCCUCAUUUUGUAGUCUGUAGUUUGAAAACGAAGCUUGUUAACAAAAAAAAGAAGACAUUGUUCGCUUAAUGGAACAGACAGAACACACAAAGAACAGAGUAAAGAUUAAACAGAUUUGUAAUUGGCCAAGAGGCUCUACAGCAGCUCCAUAAGAAUAUCAGAUAUAUAUAUAAAUAGAGAGACCCUAUUAAAGAAAUGUACCUAGAAAGCAAUUUAAAUGCGAUUGACGAAAUUGUGACAAAUACAAAGCGAGUGCAAAGAUCGUAUAACUUCUUGAUAAAACGAGCAGAUAGAUAAGGGAAAGAGCAAAAUUUUUUAUGAAUGGAAAAAGCUCUCGUGCAAAUUUCUAUUGUAUAUGAUGAAAUAUGGGAAAUCACAGUCCCAACCAACAAAACACUUGAUACAUAUAAAUACACACUGCAUUCAAUUCCAAGUACAUAUUUUAUAUUAUAUAUAUACUAAUAUUUAACUCGAUAUCUCUAAACAAUUGAACAAUUAAAUUAUGUAUAGAACAAAUCGAAAAAUCGCUAUUUACAUUUGAAAACAAAACAAAAAAAAAAAAACAACGGACAACAAAUUUAUCUAAAUGUUCUUUAAUCAAUUUAAAUGUAUUAAAACGCGAAUUUGUGAUCUU